UAACCGAGCAGCUACUACCAAUUGUGAAUCCGCAGAGACGCCGCCUCAACUUUCAACGCUUGGUUUGCGCCGAUCGUCCAAUAUGUCCAAGACAAACGAGUCUCAGCGAUUGCUCCGAUCCCAGAAAGCCGACAAGGAGGAUGACGAACUGUUUGUCAAGCUGCCAAAGUUUAGCAAGCGUGCCCGUGGCAAGAGCACAUUGGAUAACCAGGAGGAGGAGAGCGUUGCCAGUGCGAAGGAGCUGGUGCCGAGAGAGGCUCACGACAGACUCUACAAGUUCUUGAAGCAGCCAAACAGUCAUCGGUGGAUCUGGUGUGAGUUUGUCGACUCCUUCAUUGAUCAGGCUACCCAAGAUAGUGGCUUCGACGUCAAGUGGUAUCUGCGGAGCGUCUAUCCCAGGUUGGAGGACAAUCAAUUGCUGCCCCUGCGAUGCUGGCAGCUGCUGCGCCGGGACAUGGGCAAAGCACGUCGCUUCUCUCCGGCUUUCAUAGAGAGCGAGAAGCGGGAACUGAACCGCAGUCGCAACAUGGUGCGAAUGCUGCAGCAGCGCAAAGUAGACAUAGAACAGUUUGGCAUGCCGUUGGAUGUGAUGCCAAAGAUCAUACCGUUGCCACUUGCUGUGGACACCAAGGUGAUCAGUCUGCUGAGAGCCCCCUUGGAGCUGCUCUACAAGGGACGUGUCGUUGGCUACGAGCCCAAGGAUUGCAGUUACUUGAUUAAGUUCGACAUUGCGGGCAAACACAUUGUGCUCAGCAUGGCCGACUCUCUGCUCCAUGUGGUGCACGAGUGCAAGACCAUCUCACUGGCCAGCAUCAUUCAGGAGGCCAAUGAGACGCCGGUAUCUUCUGCAGCAGAUACUGAUACUACUGAUACUGAUAAGGAAUCCAAGCCACUGCUCGAUGCUGUGUUGCAGCUGCAAAAGCUAUUGGUCCUGAAGCGCAAAACCGUCCAGGACAUGGCUGUGAUGAACGAGGAGCUGGAGGCAAGUGGACCACAAGCGUCCAACCGGCGAGAGAUCAAACUGACGCCGCAGCGAGAGAAGCUGCAGCGUCGCUACGCCGCCAAUAUGAUAACACUGCAUCGGGUCAACGCCGACAUUCUGGAGUCGCUGCGUGUGGCACACAAUCAUCUGAGUGAGUGCGAGAAGGAUGCCCAGCAGUGCCAGAGCACGCCACGCAAGAAGAUCUACGAGAAGUGCCGCCUCCUAGCUGAACUGGACUUGAAGGCGUCACCUGGCCUGCCCAAUCUCAAGUUGCAAGCCACACGCGACCUAAUCCUUCGACUGCAAACCUUACUUUAUGUGUGCGCCGAAAUGAGACAUGGCAAGGACCAAGAUUUGGAUGAGGUAUUGGAGGACUAUGUGGCCAACAUGAUGUCCAAUUUGCCAACACAACUGCAUGACGACUUCCAGUCCGUCGUCGCAAUGUUGCAGCCACUUCGCGAGCAAAUUGUGGUCAUGCACAAGAUUGAAACGGAUCGCUGCCAGCAGCUACUUCAAAUACAACAGUCGGAAACAACGACUCUUGUGGUCACCGAAGAGGCCGAAGUCGACAUGUGUUUCUAGAGAUCAUCAAAUGCCUAACACUUUGUUCAACUGUAAUCUUUUUAAUAUAAACCUUUUUUAAAUAAAAGGCACAAGGAGACAACUCCGAUCUGCUUAGUCGCAAUUA